AUUACUCCGUAUUUUCUUUUUCUUUAUUUCUCCUACAAAGUGUUAAAAAAAAAAAAAAAAAACGAUGAAAUUACAAAUAAUUAUUACACUUUGACGAAAAAAAAUCCCAUUUUUGGGGUUAUAAAACACGCGAUUUAAGAUAUGGAAAACUAAGAUGAGAUCACAGAGGAGAGAGAAAGAUAGAGAAGCUCAUUCUAAAAGAGAUCUUGUUUAGUCAAGGUAAUAAUCUAAACCCCUCAAUUUGAUUGAUCUGCUGAGAAGUUAAAUUGAUGAUAAUGUUAAUAUGUUUAUCGAUUUGGGAUUAAAUCCCACUGUUCUUGAUUAAAUUACUUCAGCAAUUCUGGGCUAAUUUGAUUAUAGUUGGAAGUUCUGCUUUUUAUGACAAUUUUUGGGUAGUUUUAUGGUGCUUGAUUAAUCUUAUGCUCUUAGCUAUCAAUUUAGGGUUUUGGGGGUGUGAUUGAUUGGAAAAAUGGUUGAAAUUGGGGAUGUUUCUGAUUCUAGGGUUUGUAGAAGUAGUUCAUUUGUUGAGAUAGAUGAUAGCCUAAAGCAAGUGGUUGCUAUGAGUGUUUGUGGGUCUAGGAAUUCGAGUCAAUUGGGUGGUUCUGCUUCUGGUUCAAGGAAUACGAGCCCGGUAGGGCGAACGGGGUCUAGGAAUACUAGUCCAUGUAAGCAGAAGGUUGUUAAGACGAAACCUCGGGGUUUGGAUGAGGAAACCGUGGCAACGUUUAGUAAAGCCGUUCACCCGGAUGUUCAGAUGGAGGAUAAUAUAUGGGCAAUGUUGCCAGAGGAUUUGUUGAAUGAGAUUUUAGCUAGAGUUCCACCAUUUAUGAUAUUCCGGCUUCGUUCUGUUUGUAAGAGGUGGAAUUCGAUCUUGCAGGAUGGUAGUUUUCUUAAGUUUCACUCCCAAGUGCCUUCUCAUGGGCCUUGUCUUCUCACAUUUUGGAAGAACUCUAAUACCCCACAAUGCUCGGUUUUUAGCUUACCGCUGAAAACAUGGUAUAGGAUUCCUUUUACAUAUCUGCCUCCUUGGGCAUUUUGGUUGGUUGGUUCUUCUGGUGGUCUUGUUUGCUUUUCGGGAUUUGAUGGUUAUGAUUUUAGAACCUUGGUGUGUAAUCCACUCACACAGACUUGGAGGAUGUUGCCAAGCAUGCAUUGUAAUCAGCAGAGGCAGUUAAUUAUGGUUGUUGAUCGCAAGGACAAAUCUUUCAAAGUUAUAGCCACGUGUGAUAUCUAUGGUGAUAAGUCGUUACCCACUGAAGUGUAUGAUUCCAAGAUGAACAGCUGGUCGGUCCACCAAAUAAUGCCUGCAGUUAACCUGUGUUCUUCGAAAAUGGCUUUUUGUGAUUCUAGGUUGUAUUUGGAAACACUUUCACCACUUGGUUUGAUGAUGUACCGGCUGGAUACUGGAUCUUGGGAGCACAUCCCAGCAAAGUUUCCUCGGUCAUUGUUGGAUGGGUAUUUGGUUGCUGGUACACAGAAGCGUCUAUUUCUGGUUGGAAGGAUAGGCCUUUAUAGCACCCUGCAAAGUAUGAGAAUUUGGGAAUUAGAUCAUUCUAAAGUACUGUGGGUUGAGAUUAGUAGGAUGCCUCCCAAAUAUUUUCGAGCUUUACUGAGGCUAUCAGCUGAGAGGUUUGAGUGCUUUGGACAGGAUAAUCUGAUCUGCUUUACAUCUUGGAAUCAAGGAAAAGGCCUUCUUUAUGAUGUGGACAAGAAGGUUUGGUCUUGGAUUGUUGGCUGUGCUCUGCAAUCAUACAACAGCCAAGUCUGCUUCUACGAGCCAAGGUUUGAUGCAUCCGUCUACUGACCUUGAAUUUGUUUUUUCUUAAUGAGGGUUUCAUGGGGCUUUCUUUGGCACUCAUUCAGGGACAUGAAAAUUUCAUGUCCCUUAUUCCUCAUUUUGCUUCAUAUAGGAAAAAUGUUUUAGUUUACUCAUAUUAUUGUUUCUAAGCUGAGACACAUUGUCAGCUUGUGUUGUUAAUGUUAGAAAUUGAGACUAUGUGAACAUAUAAUCCACAUUUGCUUUCUGAUGAGUUCACUACAGAAGUGGUCUUUUAUAUUAGACAUGACUGGCCAUUUUGACUGAGAACAGUGAUUCAGUGCUAAUGUGACAUUUGGAAUGGGAUGGGUUGGGUUGUUGAGAUUUGUAAUUGUACGAGUAAACAUUACAUACCAUUUACGGGAGAAUAUGACAGGAUCCUUUUGUCUCUCCAACUGCUGUAAACUAAUUGACAAAUCAAGCACUUAAUGUAAAUUAUUAUCAAUGUUUAUUGUUA